CGCCCAUGAAAAAAAUGUGUUGGUUUCCAAAUUGCAAAUUCCGCUUAAAUGAUACUUUGGAAUUACCAGAUUAUUAAGAAAUUGCCACCUGUGAAUCUGACUGAUGAAAGCUUCAUCAUGAUACAAUUACUGCCAAGUGAGGAAAGUAUUCUUGGAACACAGAAAUGCUCCCUUGGACCAAAGUUCAUGAAUGAACAUGGUCUCUAUCUCGGAACUUUCCUGAAAAUACGAUGCAAUGGAAAAUUUGUCAUAUGUCAAGCUUGGCCCAGGGCUGAUCUUGAUGAAAACUUUGUUCAAUAUGAUGACAUGGUUAUCAGGGAGAAUAAUGACAGUGUUCCAUAUAUCAACCAAUUAUCUAUUCAAGAUAUUGAAUGUCUUGGAUAUGGGACCAGUCUGAAUGAGUUAUCAGUUCAUGUUGUAUUAAGUGAUUUAAAACAGGUGAAAAAAUUCAAAGGUUCUGUCUGUGAAAGAGCGAACUUGUCAAGAUACAUCAAGAACAUUUUGAAAAACAUUGGUGUCGUGAAAGAUAGUCGUAUUCAUUGUGCUUCUCUCAAUCUUGGAAAACUUUACAAGGUUGCAUCUAUCACUGUAAAGGACAUCGCUUGUGAGGCAACUGUUGGAGUAGUUAAAUCAAACACAGUAAUUAUCAUUGAAAGUGUGAUGAGUUUAGAAAGAUAUGAGCAAAAACGUGAUUCUAGGAAAUUGACACUUGGUGGAUUAAAUCAACCAUUUGAAAUGUUAAAAGAGAUCAUCCAGUUACCAUUUCAUCAUGAGGAUAAACUACAACAUUUAGGAAUAUCUUGCCCUGUCGGAGUCUUGCUUCAAGGUCCUCCUGGAUGUGGAAAGACAUCUCUUGUUAAGCAGACAGCGAUAGACUGUGAUGCUCAUUUACUUGUUGUAAACAGUCCUGACAUAUUUGGCUCAAGGCCUGGAGAGAGUGAAGAGAAUCUGCGGCAAAAGUUUCAGACAGCAUCUGAUAUGUGCGAGGAAGGACCAUGUAUCUUGUUUAUUGAUGAAAUUGAUACUUUGUGUCCAAAACAAGGAAAAGGUGGAGGAAAUGCUGAGAGCCGGCUUGUUGCUCAACUGGGAGGCUUAAUGGAUACUGUGAGUGAUGUGAAAGGCUUAGUUGUGGUUGCAGCCACAAACAGACCAAAUCACCUGGAUCCAAGUUUACGUCGACCGGGAAGAUUUGAUCGUGAGAUAUUCAUUGGAAUUCCAUCUACUGAUGAAAGAUAUGACAUCCUGACUGCUCAGACAUCAAGGAUGAAUCUCUCUCAAGAUGUCAGUCUGUAUUCAUUAGCUGAGGCAACCAAAGGAUAUGUUGGUGCAGACUUGGUGUCAGUCUGUCAGGAGGUUUCAUAUCAAGCAUUACGGAGAACUCUACACCAUGACCAGGAGGAUAUUCCACUGACAAUGGACAACUUCUUAUCGGCCAUUGGAAAAAUUUGUCCGUCAACCCAAAGAGGGAGUGAUAUUUUGGUAGAUUAUAAGCCAGUUCGGUGGGAUGAUAUUGGUGGACUGGAUGAGGUCAAGGUUAAGAUUCAGCAGGCAGUUGAAUGGCCAAUAAAACACCCAGAAGCAUUUCAGAGACUUGGUCUACCCUGUCCCAAAGGUGUCUUGCUGUACGGUCCACCAGGCUGCUGUAAGACAACUUUAGUUAAGGCGGCUGCUACAGCAUGUAAAGCCACGUUCCUGUCUGUUAGUGGUGCACAGUUGUUCUCACCUUUCGUGGGGGAUUCAGAGAGGAAGAUUGCAGAGGUGUUUCAACAAGCCCGGGCAGGUGCCCCAUCUAUACUUUUCUUUGAUGAAAUAGACUCUAUUGUUGGUAAGAGAAGUGAAGGAAGCAGUGGCCGAGGGGUCCAGGAACGUGUUCUAUCCACAUUAUUGAACCACAUGGAUGGGAUUGGGAUCAGACUUGAUGAACAAACACGUGGAUCUGAUGUCAGGGUAUUGGAAGGGGCAACUUGCACCUCAAAAGAGAAGGGACAUGUUGUGAUCAACAACAAUGAUGUGCUGGUAGUUGCUGCGACAAAUCGGCCUGACAUGCUUGACGACGCUCUUCUCAGACCUGGAAGGAUUGACCGAAUUGUCUAUGUGCCUGCUCCGGAUGAAAAGACACGACUGAGAAUUCUUGAGAUACACACAAGAAAGAUGCCUACAGAAGGACUCGAUCUAGUGGACAUAGCUCAGAGAACUGAUAUGUUUACUGGUGCAGACCUAGAAAAUUUAUGCAGAGAGACUGCUUUGCGAGCACUUACUCAAGAUGGCCUCGAAACAGCUACUGUGAAACAUCAUCAUUUCCUUGAGACAUUGGAUGUUCUAAACCCAACUCUCACCGAAGAACUCUUAAAAAAGUACAAGGAAAUCAAAUUAAAGUCUUCCAAGUAGAACAUUAGUUCUUUCAAUCAUUGUAAACGCUUAAAAUUUGCCAUAUUAAACAAUUGAUCUAAAUCA